AUGAAAUAAUAAAGCGCAUCGAAACCAAAAAUUACUACACAACUACCAAUGCUACCAGAAAUAAAGAGAUAAUCAAAGGAUUCAAUGGAGGCUCCUCUGAAAUUAAUGAAACCAGCUAUUUAGAAUCCUUUAUCAUUAUCUCGCAUCUCAAGACAAUCAAGCAGCAUUGAAACUACAAUCUCAUAAGAAUCGUAACGGAAGUAAUAAUAAUCGAAGAAGCAAACUAUAGAACCUUUGGUAAAGAAUAAGACAUACUUUAAUCAUCGUACAUUAAUGAACGAUUAUUUGAAGAGAUAGAACAUUUCUAUUGCAACUAAAGUGUUUUGUUUUAAUUCGCAGGAUGAGUAUGUUCGAAGAUGCUUAUAAAGGCAUGGUUGGCUUGAAACACCUUGUAACUAAUAAAUUUUUGAUCUCAAAUGGGUUUAUAAUGACACUCCCGAUGAUUUUAAAACAUUAGUGGAUGGAUAAUUUUACAAUCAUUUUAGUAACACCAAGGAACUUACAACAAAAUCGUGUUUAUUAGCAAAUUUCAAAAAUUAAUGUGAAUAUGGAUAUGAUACUAGUACUUUCUUUCCUAGAGCUUUUGAUUUAGGUAAUGCUACUGACAGAGAUGAUUUCCUUAAAGAAUAUGAAAGAACUGCUGUCACCAUUAUAUUAAAAAAGGCAAUUAUUGCUUUAAGAGUGAAGAGAAAAAAUGAAAUGAAGAAGAUAAAGGAAGUUAUAUUUCAGGAAUGGAAGAAGAAGGAAGAGAACUCAAAGAUUCGAAGAAUUGAUAUGAAGAGAACUGUGAAGAGGAAAUACAAAAACAUUUAUACAGCACAGGAAUUGUAAGACUCAUCUUAGCAAUCAGAUAUAAAGUUUGAUUGUUCGAUUAUGUCUGAAGUGUUAUCGAGACUUUCGGAUAUGAAAAGAUAGUUGAAGGAUGGGUUUUAUGAUGAUAAAAACUUCGAAUUGAGUCAGUAAUACAUAUCAAGAACUCGAUAUAAUAUAAUUACAUAUUCUCAGAAUUAGAAAUUCGACAAAGGUUCAAACCCGAGCAAAUUUCUAAUUAGAAAAUUGUACAGAUAUCAUUUGUUUUUUAAAAAGUAUGAUCCAGCUUACAAAGUUGAUGGUGUCCAUAAUAUUUGGAUUAUUAAACCAGGAGGAUGUGCAAGAGGAUCAGGAAUUUAUUUAGAGAAGGAUAUUGCAGAAGCAAUCAACAGUGGUUAAUAAAUGUAAGCGAGAUUGGUGCAAAAGUACAUAGAAAGACCAUUGUUGUACAAAGGAUUCAAGUUUGAUUUGAGACAGUGGGUUCUAGUGAGGAGUUUCUAACCUUUAUAAGCAUUUGUGUUCAGUCAUUGCUAUAUGAGGAUGUGCAGUUAGCCAUAUGAUGUGAAGGACACUAAGAAUUUAUUAAAGCAUUUGACAAAUUUCUCUUUAAACAAAUCAGAAUUUAAGAAUAAAAAUGAUUCAAUUUACAGUAGUGAUUUUAUGUAGCAAUGGCUUCCUGUUGAUUGGUAAAAGGUAGUUAGACCAUAAUGCAAUGAGCUAAUGAUCAAAACACUCAAGAUAUUGUAAGAUCAAUUUGAAGGAGAAUCUAAAUAUUGCUUUGAAUUAUUUGGUUUUGAUAUUAUGUUAGAUGAAUAUUGUAAACCAUGGUUGUUGGAAGUCAAUCUAUCCCCAGCAUGUGCAGAAAGGGCUGAUUGGUUGCAUGAAAUGCUGGAUUCUAUGGCUGAGAGUAUGUUUAAUAUAGUAUUUGGUGAUGAAUUCAUAAGACCUAAAAAAUAUUAUUAUGAGUUAUUAAUUGAUGAGGAAUAAAAUUACAAUAAUUAAUAAUAGAACGAUGGGUAAUUUGAGUUAUGGGGAUAGAAAUGCAAUAUUAGGAGAGAAAAGAUGAUCGAUAAGAGAUAUAUAGAUUCACUGGCAGCUUUAAUGAUAUAAAAGUUUUAUAGAAUGUACAAGGCUAAAAAGAUAAAAUGGUUUUUAAGAGAUACUAAAUAUGCUAUUGUCAUAUAAAAAUAUGUUAGGAGAAUGCUUGCUAAAUUGUUAAGGAUAAGAUUGAAAAAAUAUUAUUCAGCCAGGAAGUUAUAAACGCUUAUCAGAGGAUUUCUAGCUAAGAAGAGGAAAUUUCAUUUGAAAAGAGCCAAAAUGGCAACUAAAAUACAAUGCCGAUUUAGAUGUAAUUAAGCAAUUUAGAUUAAGAGUUAAUUGAAGAGAGAACUAGCACUUUUGUAUUUAGAAUAAUUGAUCUCAAUUAAAAUCUCAUCUAAGUUGGCUAAUGAACUGAAAUAAAAGUUAUUUAAAUAUAAAAGGAUACAGAGAUGGUGGAAAGUAUUAUAUAGAAAAAGGGUAAAAUAGAGUGCAAAAAUAAAUUCACUUGUUAAAUGUUUUAUUUAAAAAAGGAAAUACAAGAAAUUACUUAAAAACCAUAGAUCUGCUAUUGUAAUUUAGAAGAAUUACAAACGAUUUUAAGCAAUUAAAUUGAGAAAGAGAUUGGAAAAAGAAUAAGCAACUCUUUUGUUAUAAUGCUUAAUGAAAAUUAAAUUGGCAAAAAGAUAAUAGAGAUUAGAGAUUUUUCAAAAGGGAUUGAAUAAAUUUACAAAGGCAUAUGGUAGACAUAAAUCAAGAGUAGCAAUGGUCAACAUUUGGAAUAUGGGAUUGUUAAGGGUUAAGGCUAUUGGAAAAAUAUAAUCAUAUAGACUUGUGAUCAAAUCAAAAAGAUACGCUCGUAGACUCAAACGAUUAAAGAAGUUUAUUAGAUUGUAGGCAUUUAUAAAGGGGUUUUUAUAAAGAAAGAGAUAUAGGAGAUUAAUCAAAAGGAAAAGAGCAAUCAAGUUGAUCAUUAAAUGUAUCAGGAAAUAUAUUUUUAAAAAGAAGAUAAAGAGAAGAAUCUAAUAGAAAAAGGGAAGAGGACUCAAUCUAUAUUCCUAAUAGCCGAGUAAAGCUAAUACAAUUCAAACUACGUCUACUAGAAAUUCAUAAACUAUAUAACAAUUUCAAAGCUAAAAUGCAAAGAAAUAAACAAGCCAAAUUCCUAAAAAGAAAUGA